GCAAAAUAGAGGUUAGGUAUUGUGUGUAUUUGGUGUGUGGAAGGGCGGGCAGGAGGCGUGGAGCGGAAUGGAGGAGGCCCAGCCCGUCAGCUGACUCAACAACCACGCACGUUUUCGCCUCCAACUACCGCACGGUUUCCUCGUCCAAACAUUUGACCAUGCCUCCAGCAGGAGUCGAAGACGGCAGCCCCGCGGCAAGAGACUGGUUGGUGUUGGUGAGGGCUGUGAGGGUAGAGGUGGUGUGAAGCUGGUGGCCUUGGGGUGGCCGUGGGUGUGGAGGACGAGGCUGGCACGGAACAUAAACAAAGAUCAGGUGGGGGGAGGCCACAGCUGAGACACUACUACACUUGACGUUUCUACCUCCCAUGUUUCGCCUCCUGGCGGGGCUCCUACUCCUACUUUCUCGACACACUCGCUGCCUCACACGUUAAGACUCUGGGCUCCUCGAGAUUGUAAAUAUAUAGGUGCUUCAACAAGUGGGGUUAAAAGUUUUCCUGUUGGGGGUCUUACCAAUGCCCCUUUCAGACAAAAUGAGAGUAGGUUAUAACUUCUAGCACGGGUUAGCCUCUAGAGGCAAGCAACCGCAGCGAACUGUCACGAAAGGAAUGGUUUUAUAAAUUUGUACGUAUGAUUUUAGACCGCAUCGGUUAAAAUGAGGACAUCGGGAAAAAUAAAUGAACUGUCGGGUUGCUCCCUUCACUAUUUGGAGUGGCGAUCGUUCCAUUCUGCCCGACCUGAUUGGGGACCUGCUGUCGCUUCGUCGUCAUUUCUGUCACGGAGACUAGAUACCUCAAAGAAUCUCUACCGUAAGGACCUCUAUGCUCACUACGGCUGUGUCAAUGCCAUUGAGUUUUCCAGAGAAGGAGAUUUGCUUGUAUCGGGUGGCGAUGAUCGGCGUGUUCUUCUAUGGAACGUUGAUGGUGCCCUGUCAGGUAAUCAUCGACCUUCCACAAUGAAGGGGGAACACAACAGCAACAUUUUCUGCCUUAGUUUUGACUCCAGUAAUACAAAGAUUUUCUCGGCUGGCAACGAUGAACAAGUCAUUGUACAUGAUUUAAAAACGGGUGAAACUGUGGAUGUGUUCUUGCACCGGGAGGCUGUGUAUGGUGUAUCUGUGAGCCCAACUCACGACUCUGUGUUUGCUAGUGCUGGCGAGGAUGGACAGGUUCUUCUCUAUGACAUGAGGGAGUCUGCUGCUUCAGAUCCUGUGUGUUUGGCUCGUUACCAUGACGCCUUCCAUGCUGUGCAGUUCCAUCCAAUAGAAUCGAUGUUUGUAGUUACUGCAAAUUCUCGGGAAGGAGUCUCUUUAUGGGAUGUACGUAAGCCCAGAAUACCCGUGUUGAGAUAUGGGGAAAAGCGAUGUGCGCAGUCUUCAAUGUGUGCAAGAUUUAAUAGAACAGGUAGCCAGAUUAUUGCACUGCGGAGAAGGCUCCCUCCUGUUCUUUAUGAUACUCAUAACUCAAAACCAGUCUGUCAGUUUGAUGCUGAGCAUUACUACAACUCUUGCACAAUGAAGAGCUGCUGCUUUGCUGGUGACAACGACCAGUUUGUUCUCUCAGGGUCAGAUGACUUCAAUCUAUACAUGUGGAAAAUCCCAGAAAGCAACAGCACAGAACAUUUUGUAUCCGAGGCUCACAUGGUUUUAAAAGGACAUCGUUCAAUUGUAAAUCAAGUUCGGUUCAACCCACAAAACUUCAUUAUUGCAUCCUCUGGAGUAGAAAAAAUCAUUAAGCUGUGGAGUGGAUUAUCCUUGCCUGGAUCUAAUGGCAGCUUAAAAACAAGCAAUUCUGGAAGUUUUAUGACUAGAAGAGUCUACACACAUGAGGAGUACAUUGGACUUGUUAUGGAGAGUGGCCAGGAUGUGAAUCAUGACUAUAGCCAUGGAAGCACAGAUGAGGACCCCCGCAUGAUGGCCUUCUUUGAUUCCUUGGUGCAGAGAGAGGUGGAAGGUUGGACAUCGAACACUGACCUUUCUGAUGAUCUCGAUAACGAUCCACAACUCUCGGGACAAGAUGAUGACGACACCGAAACUACAACAACUCAGUCGUCUCUCUCUGUUGUUACAUCACAAUCUGAUGAUAAUGAUUCAGACGAUGAACCAAGUGCUGGCCGUGGGCAAGAGAGUUCUGAUGACCACCACCAGGGGGCCAGACAAAGGUCAAAUCAGCUCUCGAGGAGAAGACCAAAUCAUCAUAAUCUUCCCAAGAGUGACGAUGAUGAUGAUGAUGGUGAUGACGAGGGAGAUAAAAUCUCUGGGGGAAGCGAGUGGAUUAUGCGUUUGAUUGCCAAAAAGAGAGCUAAACUUAGGAUUGCUAAGCGAGCCAGAAGAAAACGCAAGCAUCUCAGGAGACAUCGAAUGAAAGCCCAGCAUUUUCUUCGCUCCUUUGCAACAAGCAGGAGGCGGUAUUUGUAUCGCCCAGAGGGCCAAAAUUCUACUGAAGACCGUCAAGUUCGAGGAGAACUACCAGGACUCCAAAGCGCCAUGGAAGACAAUGCAGGGUCAGUAAGACGACGCACAUCAUUCCGCAGAAGAUACAUGGCUCCUUAUACUAUAAUGGUGGUCCAAAAUACUGAACCAGAUUCUGAACCGGAUUCAGAUGAUCAAGAUGAUGGUAAUGGUAGUGAGACAGAAGAAGAGGCUCAGACUGUGGAGCAACCAUUUAGAGAAAAUAGUGGUGAAGUGGAGAAUGGAAAACGUUUGAUGUGGUCUUCUGAUAGUGAAUCCAGUACUGAUGAUGGUGUUUUACCUACAAAGAGGAAACGAACUAAUUUGAGUAACAGUGAUACCGAUGAGGAAGAAUCGCAAGAGACAAAAAAUGGACACAUUAUAUCAGAAAUAGUCGAUUCUAAUUCUAGUGAUUCAGACAUAAUUGAUGUGAUAACACAAGACCCAGGGAGAAACUUUAAUAGUGAAGACACUAGUAAUAGAUCUAAUUGUAUUCCUGACAUUUUGAAUGAUACCACCUUAUCAGAAAAAAGCUUUGGUGAUAGCAAUGGUGUAAGUGACAUUGGUAAUGAGUUAAACAUAAGUAGUGCAGUUAGUGAUGCAAUUCCAAUUAGCAGUAUUUCAACUGACGAUAACGGAUCUCUCUUAUUUGAUACGGAUCACGGGUCGCUUGUUUCUGGCUUGGAUCUUCCAAAUAGUUUGGACUUGGCUUCUGCAGCAACCUCUAACAAAAAGAUUAUGCAGAAUGGAUCAAACCAAGCUUCUAAUGGAACACCAUCUGUAAGCACUCCAGAGAGUGGGAUUUUGAUUGUUCCUUCAAGUACAGUGAAAAGUGAAGAUGAAAAUAGAACUGGAAAUGAUAUUGAGGGGAGCAUAAGCAUUAAUGGAACUGAAAAUACCAGAGCAAGUGGUGAACAGUCUUUUGCGUUCAAAAAACGUGUGUCUGCUUGUAAUCUUAGAAAUUACAGAAGACAUAACGAGGAAGAUCUUUGAGAGUAGUAAUUAUUUGCCAAUUAUAAGAUUUUUCCCGAUUGAUUUAUUUCUAGAAUGUCUUUGCUAAUGUAAGAAAUCUGAUUUUUAUGUUAUUUUGCUUUUUAGAUAUAUAUUGGAAUUAAAAAUUCAUAUAAUUAUACAUAUAAUAAAUAUAGUUUAGGCCAAUGGGCACUGUGUGAUAUGUGUUCUGGAUUUUGUAAUUAUAUUUGAAUUUAGAUUACUUGUGUUUUGUAUAAAUUUUCUAUUUCCUUACCAAAGAAGUGUUUUUGUUUGCAGUCUAAUAUUAGGUUCUUUAAAGAGCUGACAGAAAGCGCUAUAUCUACUUCCUUUUGUCAUGUAGCAGCGUGCCACAGCUAGAAUAAUACUGUAAUUGGAAUAGGAUGGCUACAAGAUCGCUAACUGAAGGUAAAUUACUGUAUGUAUGUAUAUAUGUAAUGUAGUGUGUGUGUGUGUGUGUAUGUUUAAAUAUUCAUGUGCAUAAUUUUGUCUUUCACAUUGGUCCAGUUAUGAUUGGUUUGUCUUGUAUUUUUGGUGGUCCAAGCUCUCGCAAGUCAAGCCUGGCCUUGGGCCGGGCUUGGGGAGUAGAAGAUCUCCCAGAACCCCCAUCAAGCACUUAUCAAGCAGGUUAAGGUUUCGAGAGUCUCGGCCCACUUUGUGUCGGUAUAAGUUGCUGCCCCUCCAGUUAUUUUCUGCUCUGAAUUAAUCUUGGCAAUAUUGUUACUUUUGUUUCCUCUUUACUUCUGAAAGUUUAUCACUGGAUUGUGGUAUAGGAUGAAACCCUCAAGUGGGUUUGAAGUUAAUAGGCUGUGUUUGAAUAGUUUGCUAUAUGGUGUUUUUAAGUGGAUUUUUUCCCUAUACAGUACAGUAUUUGAUUCUGUAAUCGGUAAAGGUAGCAUUUAGUAAUUAAUCAGCCCAACAUGCCCUUUUCCAAGCUUUGAGACUAUGUGGUGAACCUUGCUCUUUUAUUUUCCAUUCUUUACAAAUGAUAUAAACUUAUUUUGUGCUUAUGUUUUGUAAUGCAUCGGCUAGAACAGUUUGUAUUUUUAUCUUUUGGAUGUGUGUGCAAUUUGAGUGUUGUACAUCAUUAGGAAGUGGCAUAUUGCAGGUUUCUUAUGUAGAUUGCCUUCAGCCAUGAAGGUGCAGUAGUGGUUCUUCAGAUCUUGACUAACCUGUACUAUAAGCACUUACAUGUUGUCUGGCCAAGCUAUUACUGAGUAACAUUUAAAUUCAUAAUGCAUUCAUUUGACCAUUACUAAACUUCAGCUUAUUUCUUUCUUAUGCAUAGAGUGGAGAGUUAUACAAUAUAUAUAUUUAUAAAUUGGUUUAUAUUGUAGUUUAAUUUGGAAGUGGAGAGGGAGGGAGGGAGGUUGAUGACUGGUGUGAUCAGUAUCAAUUGUUAUGUCUUAAGAAUAUGCCAAUAAAGUAUGAUGAUGAAAAUAUAUUGCACAUGAAAGAGGAAAGAGUAAAUGGAAACCAGAGUGCUGUGAUGAAUAAUUUUAUUUUACAGAGUUAUGUUUCAAGUCUUGUUUCAUUUUGUCUCUGUGUGCCUAUUUUACCUAUUCUAUCUUAUUUGCUAAUAUAAUAGAUUUGUCCAUUAACCGAGUCCUUAUGUUUGGGUCAUUUAUACAAAAAUCAUUAAAUAACCUUAAUAAAAUGAAAUAAAGUCUGUUGACAUUUUUAUAGUUGUUAAUUUUCCUUCUCAUGGUUGUUUUCAACAAAUGCUAUUGUAGAUCUCUUCUGCUAUGGAGCCAUGGCUUUCCUCUUUACUGCUAUGAAAUGAUUGUUUGGUGAUUAGGUAUUAUUAAUGCUUAAAAAAGAAAUACUUUAUUUUUUGCGCUAUGUGCUGAUCUUAGAAUUCCAUAGUCAAAUAUUAAAGUUAAGUCUUAUCCCUGUUGGAGGUAUAUUUUGCUUCGAUGUACACUCAUCAUAAUGGACCACUGUGAAAGAAAUGGAGAUAUAAAUUACUUAAAUUUCUCUGUGUGAAAGGCCAGUCAUGGUAAUUCUUCCUGCAGCUCAUUCUUAAGUGUGAAAGAGUUGACUGGCUGGUGCAAAGAGGCUGUAGCAUCUUCAAGAUUGCUCAAACUCUGGGAUGUAUGGGUUGGUAUGGUGUAACUGCUAUUUAAUUUGUAGUUGUGCUUUCAAGAGGUUAAAUCAGCUUAAUGGUAUCUAAUUAAAAUUUAUACAACUUGAAUACUAUUGUAUGAGGCAAAUUCUUUAAUUAAUAUACAAGUGAGUAAGAUAGAGAGAGAUUAUAGGAUAAGAGUUAUGCUCUUGGUGUCCCAUUUCCUUACCAUUUUUUUGCCAUACUGUAUGACACUCAAAGUGCUGAUGGUUUUGGCAUCCACAAUUAACCACUUAAAUUUUUCAUACUGUCCACAACACAAACAUUUUUCUUCAAGAUUGAGUCUUUGGUCAUUUGUGACCAAAUGGAUUUCUGGAUGUAAAAUGGCACUAGUGUUGCAGGAUUUAAAAACCCCUCCUUGUCAACUUUGUCAAUUCCUGUUAUGAUUUUGUGGGUGUGCGUGCGCAGUGUAUGUAAUUACCUAAUUAUGUACCUAAGUGUAGUUACAGGAUGAGAGCUAUGCUCAUGGUGUGUGUGUGUAUGAUGUAUGUGUAUAAUAUGUCUAAUGUAAGGAAAUGCCACGGUAAGUCAACUUAAAGUAAUGGACGACAAUUUAACAUAUAAGAACUUUGUAAAAUAUAAGUCACAAAGGGCUAGGGCUGAUAAAGUAGCAUCAUAGGGGAAGGUGAAGAAGACGAGAUUGUGUAUUACAAUAUAUAUAUUUAUAAAGUAAGAAUUAGAUGGGAGAUAAUGUUGAAUUUUCAUGAAUUCUGUCCUUUGGUGUUGUACGAGUUCAGUGGUUGCAGAAUAUGCUGUCAUCUAAAGUUUUUUUUUUUUUUAUAAUGAUGAUUUUAGUAUUCUUGAAGUUUGUCUAGUUUUUCUCCUGGUUCCUAUGCAUGAUGUAAGUAUUGAUGCUAGGCACCAAUACUUGCCUAGCAUCAGUACUUGCUGGGCACCUUAACUUCACAGACCUCACACCUUCCCAAAUUAGCUUAUUUAUUAGUAUUAACCUUACCUUGAGGUUACCUUGAGGUGGUUUCGGGGCUUAGCGUUCCCGUGGCCCGGUCGUCGACCAGGCCUCCUUGUUGCUGGCCUGGUCAAUCGGGCUGUUGGAUGUGGCUAAAUAAAUAAUAUUAAUUGGAAAGCAAUUUGGAAAUAAAUAUUUGAAAAUAAUGAAUAUCACUAGGCACUGCAUACUAGGCCAAAUAGUGCAGUACUAGCUAUUAGGGACCAACCUGACCCCCCAGCCUCCUACCCCAUCUCACACACACACACAUAUAUCCAUACAUAUAUAAAUACAUGUAUAAAUAUAUACAAUUUAUUUUGGCUAUAAGUUCAAUUUGAAAGCUAUGAGUUUAUUUGCUAAGGAGUUUGGCAGGGUAGUAUUAUAUGCUUUCAGGUUUAUUGAGCUUAAUCUAAUACAGUACAGUAAUAAAAUCUAUACAGUAUAUAUAUCACAUGGUGGCCAGACCCUCAGGCUCUGCUGUUAUUCAAAAGGUUCAAGAGCUGUUUUAUAAGCAUAGAUAUUGUAGUGGCUGCCCUACCUGUGACCUGAACUUUAAUGUGGUAGAAUGUACAUUACUCUUUGGCAAAUAAAACAAUGCAGUGUUUAUUUUAUAUUAUAAAUUAUAUUUUCCAUAGAAUGCUACAGUAUUUAUAAUCGACAAAUACAAGUAUUGUUCCUCAUUGUACAUUAAAUUUAUUGUAUAAAUUUGUGGACUAACCUCCAUUUCGAGUGUCAGUACAUGGUAAUUUGAUGGACGUUAUGACACUUGCAGUGUUCGGCAACAUCCAAGCUGAAUGCUUCAUUUGUAACAUGAACUAUAUUGUAUUCUAGGCUCAUUUUCUGAGCAAAUACCUAAUUUAUAUACAGUACCAGUAAUUCAUAUUCUUUGUUGUAAUGAAUGUACCAAAAAUGA